GGUUAAUCUGCUUAUAUGUUGCCUUCAGAGGCCAAACAAUGUGUCCGGUUCAGUGGACUUUUCCUGCACAGCUACAGUCUGACUACAGAUCCAGCCUCCGUUAGAAUCAUGGCAGAUCUGAGCAGGACGGAGAAGGUUGAGCUUCAUGCUCCAGAGCUGGAGGAGCUGCGAGCUGUUUUACAAUCAGGACUGGAAGCCAACUUCGCUGAAGUUCAGGUGAGUGUUGUGGACUGUCCGGAUCUCACCAAGGAGCCUUUCCAGUUUCCUGUCAAAGGUUUGUGUGGAAAUCCUCGCAUCACUGAUGUUGGUGGUGUACCAUACGUGGUCCCUUUGGUUAAAAAGGAAAAGGAAUACAACAUGAACACUAUAUCAAAGGAGCUGGAGCUGCCGGGAGCUUUCAUCCUCGGUGCAGCAGCGGCUCCCUCCAGAAUUGUUGGAAUGAAUGCAGAGCUGAUGCCUCUGGUUCUGACCGAAGCCCAGGGAAGGUCUGCAGUGAACAGCAGCUACUUCUCCUCCAUCAAUCCUGCCGAUGGUCAGUGUCUGUUAGAGAAAUACAGCGACAAAUUCUCUGACUGCAACUUCGCGCUGCUGGGGAACCUGUACGCUUGUGAAGGGAAGCCUGGGAAGGUCAUAGAGGUUCGGGCCAAGAAGCGAACAGGAACCCACAGUCUGGUGACCGCCCUGAGGACGACUCUGGAAGGUCACUACCCUGAUAAAAGUCUGGCUCUAGGAGGCACCUUCAUCAUCCAGAAAGGGAAGGCUAAAAUCCACAUCAUGCCAAGAGAGUUCUCGGCCUGCCCCCUCAACACCAACGAUGACGUCAACAACUGGCUCAAACACUUCGAGUUCAGCGCUCCGCUCAUCUGCCAGUCGGUGCUCGUGUCCAGAGACCCUGGCUUGGACCUGCGCAUGGAACACACCCACUGCUUCAGCCACCACGGAGAAGGAGGCCACUACUACAUAGACACCACCCCUGACAGUGUGGAGUACCUGGGCUACUUCAUGCCUGCACAGUUUGUGUACCGCAUCGACAGGCCCAAAGAGACCCACAAAUUUGGACGCGAUUGAAACACUGAAUAAAUCAUGUUGGAAGCACCACUAUCUUUGAUCAUCUGAA